CAAAACCAAAACCCCUGGAAACAUUUUCAAUAAAUGCAAGACUUUUAAUUUUCUCGAUAAUUCGCUUUUGGUCAAUUGAUUCUCACUGGUGAAUUCAUCUGUUCUUCUUUGGAUAUGAUAAACCUCAAGCUCUUCUUAGGGCUAAAGUUUUGUUUUUUAUUAACCCUUCUCUGUUCUUCACACAUCUCCUCUGCUUCUUCUGAUGCUUUCUUCAUCAACUGUGGAUCUCUGGAUAAUGUAAACGUCAACAAUCGGACCUUUGAAUCCGACAGCAAUCUUGGUCCGGGAAUCUUUGACUCUUCUCUAGGAAUCUCGGUCAGAACCACAGAUUCUAAUUCAGGGGAUGAAUCGGCUCUGUUUCAGACCGCGAGAGUAUUCUCCAAUGGAUCAAGUUAUCGGUUCCCGAUCGAACAACACGGUUGGUUCUUGAUUCGUCUUUACUUCUUACCCUUUGUCUCCUCUUCCCAAGAUCUAACCACUGCUAGAUUCUCUGUUUCGUCUCAAAACUUCACUCUGAUCAAAGAUUACAAACCCUCAACGACUUCUGUUGUUAAAGAAUACAGUUUAAACAUCUCUUCAGACAAUCUAGUCAUUGAGUUUCGUCCUCAAAUAGGUUCUGUAGCUUUCAUCAAUGCUUUGGAAGUUUUCAGACUUCCAGAGGAUUUGCUUCCUGAAGAAGCAAAACUCGUUGGUUCACAGAGCAAGAAGAGUCUCAAGCUCAGGAGUCAUGCCAUGGAGACUGUUUCUCGUGUAAACAUGGGGAAUUUGACUGUGACUCGUGAUCAGGAUAAGCUAUGGAGGCAAUGGGACUCGGAUUCUGCCUAUAAAGCUCACUACGGUACGCCUGUGAUGAACCUGAAAGCAGUUAACUUCAGUGCAGGUGGAAUAACAGAUGACAUUGCACCAGUUUACGUCUAUGGAACUGCCACGAGGUUAAACUCUGAUCUUGAUCCAAAUACCAACGCCAAUCUUACUUGGACAUUCAAGAUCGAGCCUGGUUUCGAUUACUUUGUCCGGUUUCACUUCUGUAACAUAAUAGUGGAUCCUUUUGGAUUUAAGCGUCAGAUACGCUUUGACAUUUUUGUGAAUUCAGACAAAGUCGGGUCCGUUGAUAUGACAGAGGUUGCAAAUGGCACUUUUGGAGCUCCUUAUUUCGUUGAUGCAGUGAUGCGCAAAGCCAGAAGUCGUGAAGGAGCCUUGAAUCUAUCUAUUGGUGGAGUUAUGGAUGUUUCUUCCUACCCGGUUUAUUUUAUUAACGGAUUUGAGAUAUUGAAGCUGAGCAACGAUAAGGGGAGUCUUGAUGCUUUUGAUGCUGUUGUCCAUGAUCGUUCUAUGCGUAACAAGAGUUCGAAUCCAAGAAUCGGAUUGAUAGCUGGACUAUCUGCAGUUCUGUGUGUUGCUUUAUUGUUUGGUGUGGCUAUAUCUUGGUGGUGCAUCAGGAAAAGAAGAAGAAAUAGACAAAUGCAGACUGUUCAUUCUAGAGGGGAUGAGCAGAUUAACAAGAAUGAAACAGGUGAGAGCUUAAUCUUUUCAAGCUCAAAGAUCGGUUAUCGAUACCCGUUGGCUCUAAUCAAGGAAGCAACGAGUGAUUUUGAUGAAAGCUUAGUGAUUGGGGUUGGUGGGUUUGGUAAAGUUUACAAAGGAGUCUUGCAGGACAAGACUGAGAUAGCUGUGAAAAGAGGAGCUCCUCAGUCUCGACAAGGUUUAGCGGAAUUCAAGACAGAGAUUGAAAUGCUUACUCAGUUCAGACACAGGCAUUUGGUUUCUUUAAUCGGGUAUUGCGACGAAAACAGUGAAAUGAUCAUUGUCUAUGAGUAUAUGGAGAAAGGAACGCUUAAAGAACAUCUGUAUGACUCAGAUAACCCGAGACUGAGCUGGAGACAGAGGCUUGAGAUAUGUGUUGGUGCAGCUAGAGGACUUCAUUAUCUCCAUACAGGUUCGACAAGAGCAAUCAUACACCGCGAUGUGAAAUCCGCUAACAUUCUCUUGGAUGAGAAUUUCAUGGCCAAAGUUGCAGACUUUGGAUUAUCUAAGACAGGUCCUGAUCUUGAUCAUCAGACAUAUGUGAGUACCGCGGUUAAAGGAAGCUUUGGAUAUCUAGAUCCAGAGUACUUAACCAGACAACAACUGACUGAGAAAUCAGAUGUUUACUCUUUUGGUGUGGUGAUGCUUGAAGUACUAUGCGGGAGACCAGUCAUCGAUCCAUCACUUCCAAGAGAGAAAGUGAAUUUGAUCGAAUGGGCGAUGAAGUUGGUGAAGAAAGGGAAGUUGGAAGAGAUCGUAGACCCGUUUCUUGAUGGGAAAGUGAAGGCUGAAGAGGUGAAGAAGUACAGUGAGAUAACAGAGAAGUGUUUGGCACAAAGCGGCAUUGAGAGGCCAACAAUGGGAGAUUUGUUGUGGAACCUAGAGUUCAUGCUUCAGGCCCAAGCAAAAGAUGAGAAAGCGGCAAUGGUGGAUGAUAGGCCAGAGGCAAGCGUUGUGGGUUCAACUGUGCAGUUCAGUGUGAAUGGAGUGGGAGAUAUUGCAGGGGUCUCAAUGAGCAAAGUUUUUGCACAAAUGGUUAGAGAAGAAACACGGUAAAAAGAUUUGAUCAAAAGAAGAAGAGUAUCUUCAUCACUAUAGUGUUAUUUGUACAGGAGGAAUUAAGGAGGGAACACAAUACUGUUUUAUACAUUGUAGAAAAUUUAAAGUGUUGUUUUUUAAUCGAGAUAUACUGAGCUUCUUUGCUAUACUUUUCUAUAA